AUGUCAAAAGGCCGCGUUUGUCUUGCCUACUCUGGAGGUCUCGACACCUCUACGAUCCUAAAAUGGCUCAUCCUUGAGGACUACGAGGUUGUGUGUUUCCUUGCCGAUGUUGGCCAAGUCGAGGACUUUGACGCCGUUGAGAAGAAGGCUCUCGCUCUCGGUGCUGAGCGUAUGAUCAUUGAGAAUCUACAGAAAGAGUUCGUCGAACAAAUCGUCUUCCGAGCUAUUCAGUGCAACGCCAUCUACGAGGACAGAUAUCUUCUUGGAACCGCUCUUGCUCGACCCGUUAUCGCUCGUGCCCAGGUCCGCGUUGCAGAGAAGUAUAACUGCAACCUUCUGAGCCAUGGCUGCACCGGUAAAGGAUUACAGAACGACCAAGUUCGUUUCGAGCUCGCCUUCAAGGCCUGCAACCCUUCAAUCAAGAUCAUUGCCCCAUGGCGACUACCCGAAUUCUGUGAGAAGUUCCAGGGCCGACAGGACCUCCUCAAGUUCGCCGCUGAGAACAGCAUUCCCGUCUCAUCCACCCCCAAGGCCCCUUGGAGCCAGGACGAGAAUCUCGUUCACUGCUCGUACGAGGCUGGCAUCCUCGAGGAUCCUGACCACACCCCACCCAAGGACCUUUGGACCCAGACAGUCGACCCUCUUGAGGCUCCUGACAAGCCUUUCGACUUUACUGUCCACUUCGAGAAGGGCCUACCUGUCAAAGUUGUCACCCCUGACCAGGAGGCCACAGACUCAGUAGAGCUCUUUAAGUUGCUCAACAAGAUAGGCCAUGAUCACGGCGUUGGCCGAAUUGACAUUGUCGAGAACCGGUGGAUUGGACUCAAGAGCCGUGGCUGCUAUGAUACCCCUGGCUUGACUAUUGCUCGUCUCGCUCACGUUGAUCUUGAGGGCCUUGUCCUUGAUUCCAAGGUCCGCAAGCUUCGAGAUCAAUUUGUGACGGUUGAGUGGUCUCAGUGCCUAUACAACGGCAUGUACUUCUCUCCCGAGCGUGAGUGGCUCGAUGAAGCCAUCGUCUCUGCUCAGAAGGGCGUCAAUGGCCAGGUUCGUCUCCGAGUGUACAAGGGCAACGUCUACGUUCUCGGACGAUCGAGUGACACUAGCUGCCUCUACUCACAAGAGGAUGCUUCCAUGGACAGUCUCGACACCUUCUCUCCCAUGGAUAGCACUGGUUUCAUCGCUAUCCAGUCCAUUCGAUUGGAGAAGUAUGGCGCCCAAAAAGCCAAGGACGGCCAGCCGCUCAGCCAGUCUUAG